GGCGGCCGGAAUGGGCGAUGGGGACGCCGAACGCGACCGCCGCCCCGCGCGCCGGGCGGAGUCUGGUGGCGGCAGUGGGCGCAACGGGGACAUAGGCGGAGCGGAGGACUUUCGAGCUAAUGCUGGUGGCCGAAGCCCAAGGGAGGUUGCCGGGACCUCGGCCUCCAGCCCCGCAGGUUCCAGGGAGAGCGGUGCGGACAGUGAUGGGCAGCCUGGGCCCGGCGAGGCGGACCACUGCCGCCGCAUCCUGGUACGAGAUGCCAAGGGGACCAUCCGGGAAAUCGUCCUUCCCAAGGGCCUGGACCUAGACCGGCCCAAGCGAACCCGCACAUCCUUCACUGCUGAGCAGCUGUACCGCCUGGAGAUGGAGUUCCAGCGUUGCCAGUAUGUGGUGGGCCGUGAGCGCACUGAGCUGGCACGCCAGCUAAACCUCUCUGAGACCCAGGUAAGAGGCCAGGCCCAGACCUCUCCGUGGCUGGAGAGGAGUGGCAACCCGGGAACUCCCUGGG